GUGAAGAUGAAGUUCGAGAACCUGCUCGCGGAGACUGACGGCUUCAGCCGGUUUCAGAUCACGCUGAUGAGCAUCGCCUUCAUAACUCGCUUCACCCUCCCCUGCCACUUCUUGGUGCAUAACUUCAUCUCAGACGUGCCAUCCCACCACUGCAACAUCACCGCCCUGGACGAUGGAGACAUCUUCGAGAAUCUAACCCAGGAACAGAGGCUGACUGUCUCCAUUCCAGCACAGGAGGAUGGAGCCCUGAGUUCCUGUGAGAUGUUCCCUCAGCCGCAGCUCCAUCUGCUGUAUGGACCAUCCAACACUACAGACACUCCUGCAAUUGAGUGUCAGAAUGGAUGGGUCUAUGACACCAGCACCUUCACUUCCACAAUAGCUACGGAGUGGGACCUGCUUUGCGAUAAGAAGAGUAUGAGUAAAGCGACUACCACCAUCUUCUUCGUUGGUGUCAUGAUUGGUGCCAUGGUGUUUGGAAGUCUCAGUGACAGGUUCGGACGGAGGAACAUGUUGAUGCUCUCCUACAUUUUAGGGAUGAUUUUUGGCAUGGCCAGUGCCUUUUCCAAGUCCUACGUCAUGUUUGCCAUUCUGAGGUUCCUCACGGGAUUUGGGAUCACAGGAAUAAGCAUUGUCUCCACGGUCCUGUGUGUGGAGUGGGUUGACGUUGAGCACAGAAGGAUCGUGGGAGUGGUUGACAGCUUGGCGUGGACCUUUGGCUCCAUCGUGCUAUCAGGAAUCGCUUACCUUGUGAGGGACUGGCGGUCACUAAUUAUUACCAUCACCUCCCCUUUGGCCGUGGCUAUCCUGUGCUGGAGGUGGGUACCAGAGUCAGCAAGAUGGCUAAUAGCUACCGGAAAGACAGAGAAAGCCCACUAUUACCUUAGAAAGUGUGCCAAAAUGAACAAGCGAGAUGGUUUUGCAUCUUUAAUUAAGCCAGAGGAUCUUUCGGGUAUAGUGGUGUCAGAGAAAGGGCAGAAGAUGUACACCUACCUGGAUCUGGUGAGAACCCCGAAGAUGAGGAGGAUAGCGAUACUCACAGGCAUUAUAUGGUAUGGCAUUGCCUCCACAUUUUAUGGUAUAAGCUUCAACCUUACUGGGUUUGGCCUGAAUAUCUACUUGACCCAGUUGAUUUACGCCCUCAUAGAACUUCCUGCAAAAGCAGCAGUCUAUUACUGUUUGGAAAAAAUUGGACGCAGAAGCACCGAAUCGGGGGCUUUGCUGUUGGCAGGACUCUGUCUUGGUAUAAACAUAUUUGUGCCGAAAGAUAAAUGGCUUUAUCGCACAAUUAUCGCAGUCCUGGGGAAGGCAGGGUCGGCUGCCUCCUUCUCAACCAUCUUCCUGUACACCUCUGAGCUCUACCCUACAGUUGUAAGACAAAACGGACUGGGCUACACCUCCUUCAUGGCCCGUAUUGGGGUUUCCAUGGCCCCGCUCAUUCUAAUGCUGGAUGAUGUCUGGUACCUUCUUCCUCAAGUCAUAAUGUGCAUUGUGGCCAUCACCGCUGGCCUGGUAACUACCCGGCUACCGGAGACAAGAAAUAGGCGUCUACCAGAGACGAUACAAGAUGUCGAGCAAGGGAAUUAA